GUUAAAUGGGGACAGAAAUGGAUACCAGAAACGAUACUACCUGCUAUAGUUCAUAUGAGAAUUAGUAAGAAGUUAAAGAUUCUAAAGGCUUUACAGAAGAAGAGACGUAACAGUCUGGAAAAG